AUAUUUGCGCCAUGAUGGUAGCUUAGCUUCAUCCUUUCAGUUUCGGAGCUCCGUUCAACCCUGGCCCCGCCUCCGUUUCAAAUUUAACGUGGUGUGAAAGUUUGCAAGCACCAUGGCUUCUUCGGCUAAAAGACGAGCAGUAGGAUUGGGUGAAAAUCCAGAGGAAUGUGAGGAUAACAGCUCGGACGAGGGCUUGGAAGACGACGAUGAAUCAGGAGAGGAGGACAGUGAAGCCUCAGACGAGGAGAUCAAUGAAGAGGUAAUCGUGGACUUCGAGGCGCAUACCAUCUCAGAUAAUGAUUUCAAUGGUGUUAAAAAGCUAUUGCAACAGCUGUUUCUGAAGGCUCAUGUUAACACGUCAGAGAUGACGGACAUCCUUAUCCAACAGAACCACGUCGGAAGCGUCAUUAGGCAAGCAGAGGUACCAGAAGACAGUGACAACGAGGGGGAUCUUGAUGAAGUUUUCGGAUUCAUCAGUAUGCUUAAUCUCACAGAGAGAAAGGGGGUCCAGUGUGUUGAGGAUGUGAAGGAGCUGGUUCUGGCCCAAUGUGAGAAGAGCUGCCCACACAGCAUGACGGAGCAGCUGGAGAAGGUGCUCAAAGACACCAGUAAGACUGUGGGUCUGCUGCUGAGCGAACGCUUCAUCAAUGUCCCCCCACAGAUUGCAUUACCCCUGCACAAACAGCUCCAGGAGGAGAUGGCAGAGGCCCAGAGGACCAAUAAGCCCAGUGGGAGGUGUCACUUCUGUCUGAUGAUCAGCAAGACCUGCAAGGAGGCAAACAAAACCAUCCCAGCCCGAGGCCAAGCCCCAAAAGAGGAACUGAUGUUUGCCAAUGCAGAGGAGGAGUUCUUCUAUGAGCAAGCCACCAUUAAGUUCAACUACUCUGUCCAGGAGGAGACUGACUCUUGCCUCACUGGGAGGUGGUCCUUCAACGACGUCCCCAUGAAGCCCUAUCGUACCGUGAUGCUGAUUCCAGCCGACAGGAUGCCUGCAAUCAUGGAAAAGCUCAAAGAGUACCUCACUUUGUGAAAUAAACUCUUGUUUAAACAUAAGAUGGACACCCUCACUCAUACUACAACUGAAUCAUUUUGGAAGGUAUACGGAAAGGAGGACUAUAUGCAUCAAAAUAAUUUUACAAACUGCUAGUGUGUGUAAAAUAACCUGAUGCAUUGAAUACAUCAUAUGUACACCACUAUGUAAUGGUCUCUUUAAGGUAGAUGCACCAUUUGGUAGUUCCUAGAAUUUUCCUGACCUGUUAAAGAAAUCCCCUCAAGAACAUGCUACAAUGCAGAAGUGUAUUUACAGGAAAAUCUGCAUCAAGUAUUGUACAAACAGUUCCUUACAUAUAAUUUCUGCACAGAAUGUUGUAUACAAUACAAGGUUUUCAAUAAUAAAUAAUACAAUUUCAAAUAAUAUUUCAAAAUGCCAUUUUGUAUUUCUGUCAUGUUGAUGACUAUGGUAGCUCAAAAUAUUUCAAUAAUCUACUGUGUUAAUGUGGCAGUGCUGCAGCUAAAUGACAACUUGACAAAAAACUAAAUCUGUAAUGAAUAAUCUGCAAGCAGGAAAUUCCUUUGGCAGUUCUUCUGUUUUGUUCUCUUCCCCAAUUGUCACUGUGUAUGUACCAGUCACAAGAAACUCACUGAAUGACGCAUCUGUCAUUUGACUGAGUGACGGAAUAGUCUUUAUGUACUUCAGUGCCAGUAAUUGUUAGGUCCUUCUGUGUCUUGUUUUUAAUAUUUCUUGAUCCAGCACUGUCCAACAUGGGCUGCAACAUGUCUUUGCUCUCACUAGGGGGCAGAUUGUAGAAAAAGUACUGUGGUGCCAUCUGAAUAAAUCUAAUAGAAAAGAA